GUUCGUAUCCGUCGCGUCUCCGCUGCGGCUCGCGACUUAUCUGAAAAUCGAUGCUCGAUCCGCAACCAGCGCAGACCAAUAAUCAAUUUCGCGUUGUACAUUUACCGCACGGUAUUGUCCAUUACUUGUAUCAUUGGGCGACCGCGGCUUGUGUGGGUCGGUCCUAAGCGUAUUUUUAAAUUGUAGAUCUGUUUGGGUGAACAAGUGUUGUGGUAUCUUAUGGUGACUCGUAGUUUUAGUGAGACGUUUUGUGUGUUUGUGAUGUGAGGAUGUUAGUGCGGUCAUGUCGAGUGUGGCGAAGAAAGAUAAGCCGACGAUGUCAGUGACUGCGCUGAUGCAGUGGGCACGGCCGGGAGCCCCGGGCCCCCCGGCGACACCAACGCCUGCCCCCAUGCUACAGUCGCCGUGCACGCCAACGAACGUCGAUUUCUCAAUCGACAUGCAAUGGCUGAACCUGGAGCCGGGGUUUAUGUCGCCAAUGUCACCGCCUGAGAUGAAGCCAGACACAGCAAUGCUGGAUGGCGGGAUGCGAGAUGAUGCCACAUCCCCGCCCGCGUUGAGGAGCUAUCCCCCAAAUCAUCCUUUGAGUGGAUCAAAACACCUGUGCUCAAUAUGUGGUGACAGGGCGUCGGGCAAACACUAUGGGGUGUACAGUUGUGAAGGCUGUAAAGGUUUCUUUAAAAGGACAGUACGGAAAGACUUGACAUACGCGUGUCGAGAAGAGAGGAAUUGUAUCAUAGACAAGCGGCAAAGGAAUCGGUGCCAGUUUUGUAGAUACCAAAAAUGUCUGGCGUGCGGGAUGAAGAGAGAGGCCGUGCAAGAAGAGAGACAGAGAGCCGCAAGAGGGGCAGAGGAUGCACAUCCAAGUAGUUCUGUACAGGAGCUAUCGAUCGAGAGGUUAUUGGAGAUGGAGUCUCUGGUGGCUGACCCCAGUGAAGAGUUCCAGUUCCUUCGAGUGGGUCCCGACACCAAUGUUCCGCCUCGAUAUAGGGCGCCCGUUUCCAGUUUAUGUCAAAUAGGUAACAAGCAAAUAGCGGCUUUAGUAGUGUGGGCACGUGACAUCCCACACUUCAGUCAACUAGAGAUGGAAGACCAGGUGCUGCUGAUCAAGUCUUCCUGGAACGAGCUGCUUCUCUUCGCGAUCGCCUGGCGGUCUAUUGAGUACCUGGAGGAUGAGAGGGAGAACAUGGAUGGAACGAGAACUGCCUCUCCGCCGCAACUUAUGUGUCUCAUGCCGGGCAUGACGUUACACCGUAAUUCGGCACUCCAAGCGGGCGUGGGUCAAAUCUUCGACCGUGUGCUGUCGGAACUGUCUCUGAAGAUGCGCGCUUUACGCAUGGACCAAGCAGAGUACGUCGCACUUAAAGCCAUCGUCUUGUUAAAUCCAGAUGUAAAAGGACUGAAAAAUCGCCAAGAAGUCGACUUACUACGAGAAAAGAUAUUCUCUUGCCUGGACGAGUACUGUCGGCGGUCGCACAGUACGGAAGAGGGUAGAUUCGCAUCUCUCAUUUUGCGUCUACCCGCAUUACGCUCCAUUUCUCUAAAGAGCUUCGAACACCUGUUCUUCUUCCAUCUGGUGGCCGAAGGCAGCAUCAGCAGCUUUAUCAGGGAAGCUUUAAGGAUGCACGCACCGCCCAUAGACGCGAAUUCUAUGAUGUAGGUGAAAUAGUUAAAGGUAUCAUGUAUUGCAAAAAUAAUAGUUUAUUAGUGUAGGAAAAGCAUACGAUUGUAUCUGAUGUACCUAAAAUUUACUAAAAUUUAUAAAUUAAUAAUUUUAGUGUAAUUAAUUUAAAUUUUAAACUAAAGCAUAGUACAUGUUUAGUAAAAGAAAUACUUUAAGAGUUCAAAACUUCUUUGUCUCGACGGCUAAAAAUGGUCACAAAUUGUGACUUAGCUGUUAAAUAUCCAAAAAUUCGGAAAGUAGUUUGACUUAAUAUUGAAAAAUUCUUACUUAUAAUUGACAUCUCAAUUAAGCUUUCAGAGUUUAAUUUGAUUUAUAACUUUCUAUACUUUACAAUAUGUGAUACUUUUAAUUCGUAAGAAUGUAUGUUUUAUUAAAUAAAUUGAUAACUCAUUUAGCGAACAUUACACGAAUGUACGAACGACCCUAAGCCUGAUAUUAUUUUCUUAUAUUUAUAUUUUAUUUAAAAAACUUAUAAAAUUCCUAUAAAACGUAAUGUUUUGUCUUUAUCAAUCAGAACGUGAAAUAAAGGCCGAUUUACAUUAUCUUAGUGUUUAGGAUAGUACUUUAGUUGAAAAAUGUAAACGCUACUUGCUUUAGUAAACGCUACGCUAAAGAACUUGCCUUUCAAGUUGUACUAAAGCACUCUCCUAAACACUAAGAUAAUGUAAAUCGGCCUUAAGUCAAAACAUUUCUUAACUAAUUCGGGAUUAUGACAGCAAUAAAUUGUAUUUUUCCUACUUUAUGUAGGAUAGCCACAUAGCUAAUAUGUGUAGAUCAUUUGCUAUAAAUAAUUAUUGAAACAGACUCAGUAAUGCCCCAUGCCCCACUCGAUAGUUUACGGCCGUUUGUACAAAGUCUAUUUUUGUACAAGUUUCGUUUGGUAGAACUUUUUUAACGAAUUUGAGAUUUGAAAAUCAUGCCGAUAUCGGGAAUUAUGUUUAAGUUAAUUUUAGUGUCAUAUCACGUGACAACCAAAGCUAGAUUUUGACAAAUUCUUACUAUAUUUAUUUCUGAUUUGCAUUUAGGUUUUGGUAGAACUACACAUAUUUACUACUUAUACAAAUUUAUUUUAAGAUAGGAAAUUUAUUUUAAGUAUGUGUAUUGUGUACGCGUAUCGUCAUUCCGUAGUGUAAAGGCCCGUAAAACACUUUGUCUCUAUAUUUUUAUAUAAAUUCUGUUAUUGAUUGAAAUUAAAGUUUUCCCCCUUUACGAAAUAUACACCAGCAAUAUUAAGAUAUAAUAUAAUUUUAGUUAUAUAUUUUCUAAUGUUACAAUUUCUUAUAAACUCUUAACAAGGAUGAUCAAAUACUUGCCAAAUUUAUUGACUUCAUAAUUUUUAUUUCUUUUUCUCAAAGUUUGAAUAAGGCCUGUACAGAAACAGAAAAUAAAUUAUACUGCCGAAACAAAUAACAAUUUUAUUGGAUUAGUUGUUAUCGUUUUUACACUAUGUAUUGCGUAGCAGAUAUUUGGCAUUUUGAAUGGAGUCGCCGAGUGCCGAUUCGAUAUUCUUGGUGCUUUUUGAAAUUGCAUUAAUUUUACACUUGUAAAUAUAUCACAAACUAAAUAGGCCUAUCAUUUUCAAUUAAUGUUUCGCAGUUAACAUUUUGUAACAGUAUUAGAAGUAAUUUUAAUCAAAUUCACUUUGUACAAAGUUGCACACGAAAUUAUGAAGAGAGCUCAAUUAGCAAUUUCAAUUUAAAACCUUAUAAAUGUUCAAACAUUAAAUGUUUAAUUAGCGUUGUAUAACUUAGAGCUUGUUUUGACAAGGACCUUCUUCGAGGAGCUUCUUGUUGAAAUUCGCGCUCAAGAAUAAUCAAUAUUAAUAGAUGUUUGGAAUAACUGUUAAAAUGUUAAUGAAUUAAUUCUAUGGAAGGUUGGAAAUGUAUUAGGGAGAUGUUGCAGCGGUUGUGAGAUGAUUUAUACUGACGUUCACUAAAUAUCUAAAUUUAAGUUAUAUUUUUUGUAUAGACAUAGCUUUAAGAUUAAUGGUGAAUAAAUAAGUCAUCAAAAUUUA